UGUGUGUGUGUGUGUCUGUGUCUGUGUCUGUGCGCGCGCGCGCGUGUGAAUUGCGCUGCAAAGAGUGUUGUCUCAUCGAUCAGUUUCCCCAAGUUAACUCCUGAAGUUGAAUCGAAUUCUCUGCAAUUCCUGAGAAAUCUGCCGAGAAAAUACUAUUUUGGCUGAGAAAAUUGCGGGAGAAGAUGUGGGGAUCAGGGGGGAGGUUUUAUUGGGGAAGAAGAGAACCAAGUGUGGGGAAAGUGGAAGGGAUUGUGGUGGUGUUCGCAUGGAUGUCGAGUCAAGACAGGCAUUUGAAGAAUUACGUCGAUCUCUACUCUUCUCUCGGCUGGAAUUCCCUUGUCUGCCAUUCCCAGUUCCUCAAUCUAUUCUUCCCUGGCAAAGCCACUGCAUUAGCGUUUGGAAUUCUUAAUGAGCUUGUUGAGGCGCUGAAAAUUAGGCCAUGUUCCGUUGUCUUUGCGUCUUUUUCUGGUGGUCCAAAAGGUUGCAUGUACAAAGUUCUCCAGAUAAUUGAAGGGAAGUGUGAAGCACAAGUCAAUCAGGAUGAGUAUCGAUUGGUUAGGGACUGUGUUUCCGGCCACAUUUAUGAUUCAAGUCCAGUUGAUUUCACCAGUAAUACGGGCACUCAAUUUGUUCUACACCCAACAGUUAUUAAAAUGUCCAAUCCUCCACGACUAGCAUCAUGGAUUGCCCAUGGCAUUGCUUCCAGUUUGGACACCCUCUUCCUUAGCAGAUUUGAAUCACAACGUGCUGAAUAUUGGCAAACUUUGUACUCCUCUGUGAGCAUGGGCGCUCCAUAUCUCAUUUUAUGUUCAGAAGAUGAUGAUCUUGCACCCUAUCCAAUAAUCUACAAUUUUUCCAAGCGUCUACAAGACCUUGGUGCAGAUGUAAAGCUGGUGAAAUGGAAUAGUUCUCCUCACGUAGGUCAUUAUCGGCAUUAUCCAAUUGACUACAAGGCUGCUGUGACUGAGCUACUUGGGAAGGCUGCUGUAAUAUAUUCUCAUAGAAUUAGACAACUUGAAGGAGAGGGAAUGGGCUUUGAGGGUACACAAAAUGAGAUCACAGAACCAUUUUUCAAGCUGAAGAGAGCAGCAACAAAUUCAAAUAAAAUUCAGAGAGUUGCACUUGAGGUAAAUGACCCUUUCCUGGCCCCCAGUUCACAGGAGUAUCACGAGGACAGAGCUAUUGGAUCGGUGCAGGAUGAAAAUAAAGAAGGCUUAAUACAUAUGCCCAGCUCACCUGGUAUAAACGCUCAUGGAGUUCUUGGCCAAAUCCUUUUUGAUGUGUGCGUGCCCAAGAAUGUCGAGGACUGGGAUAUAAGGUCAUCCCCCUCAUUGAAAGGGCCACCAUUUGGUGCUUCAAGGUGGCAUUUUCCUCCCAAUCCUAUCAAAUGCAGGAACGCUAUUAAAUGCAUACGUCGUUCAAGGUUAUAGAAUCUUUAUGUGAACAUUGAACAGAGCUGUUUCAAUGUGAGAAACAGGCGAGCGGGUGUCACUUUGAUGGGUUUAUUUUGAUAUAGAAGAGAUCUGAUGUAGCUUGAACUAAGCUGACAAAGAUGUACAGAAUUUACUAGCAGAACUUCUAACUUACAUGAGAUUUUCACCGUAGAAUCUGAGUCAUUUGUUGUCUAAA